UGUCAUCAUAAGUCAUUGCGAGGGGAUAGAUCGCUAUCGCUGCACAUUUUUUUACUUUUCCCGUUUAAUUGCAUCUCAUCAUCAAAUUGAUAAAUAGGUUUUAGUUGAUUUUCUUUCAUUUUGCUUAGUUGUCAAGGUGCCUUGAUCAGUACAAAAUGGCCAGCUUAAGAUUGAUUGGAGCAUCGCUGCAACGAAAUCUGACCUUUGCCCGUUCCGUUAACUUUAGGGGAGCUGCUACUCUUAUUAAUAGCAGGCACAUGGCAAGCGCCCCGUCCAACAAGCAUAUCAAUACCAAGAUCGUAGAUAAUGUCUUGGUAGUUACUCUAGAUUCACCCAAUUCGAAGGUAAACUCACUGGGUGUGGAAGUACAGGCUGAAUUUGAAAAUGUCUUGCGAGAACUGGAAACUAAUUCGUCGGUUACUUCAGCUGUGGUUAUUUCGGCCAAACCUGGUUGCUUCAUAGCUGGUGCCGAUAUCAGCAUGUUGGAGAAGUGUAAAUCUGCAGCAGAGGCGACAAAAAUCUCACACGAAGGACAGAUCCAGUUUAACAAAAUGGAAAAAUCCAGGAAGCCCAUAGUAGCGGCAAUCAACGGUGUUUGCCUUGGUGGGGGCCUAGAAUUGGCACUGGCGUGCCACUAUCGCAUUGCAGUGAAAGAUAAGAAAACAAAUUUGGGACUGCCCGAAGUGAUGCUUGGUCUACUUCCCGGAGCUGGGGGCACUCAACGAUUGCCGAAGCUAACAUCGAUUCCCACAGCACUGGAUCUGGCACUCACCGGUAAAAACGUGAAAGCUGAUAAAGCCAAAAAGCUUGGGAUCGUCGAUAUGCUGGUGAAUCCGUUGGGUCCAGGACUCAAACCGGCCGAUGUGAAUACGAUGGAGUAUCUCGAGACUGUAGCGGUGAAGGUGGCAAAAGACAUUGCUGCUGGUUCGCUAAAAGUCAACCGAAAGAAGACAGGUUUGGUAAAUUCGAUUACCGAGUUUGCCUUCUCGAUUGACUGGGUGAAGGGUAAGGUGUUCGGCAAGGCUCGCGAGCAAGUGAUGAAAAUGUCCGGUGGAUUGUAUCCUGCACCAUUGAAGAUUCUCGACGUGAUUCGAGUUGGUGUCGAUAAAGGAUUUGACGCGGGAUCGGAAGCAGAACGGAUCGGGUUCGGCGAGCUGUCACAGACUACUCAAUCCAAGGGUCUAAUUGGAUUGUUCCGAGGCCAGACCGAGUGCAAGAAAAAUCGGUUUGGCAAACCUGCCAAACCCCCGAAGAACAUUGGUGUUCUGGGUGCAGGUUUGAUGGGAGCCGGUAUUGUACAGGUCAGCGUCGAUAAAGGCUAUCAAGUUGUAAUGAAAGAUACUACCGAAGCAGGGCUGGGUCGCGGUAUUGGACAGAUCCAGACCGGUUUACAGAAUGCUAUCAAACGGAAACGUAUCAGCACGAUCGAACGUGAUUUGAUAUUGUCUAAUUUAAACUCCACCUUGAGCUAUAAGCCGUUCAAAAAUGCGGACAUUGUGAUAGAAGCAGUAUUCGAAAAUAUCAACAUCAAGCAUAAAGUAAUCAAGGAACUUGAACAGGUUAUUCCUCAGCAUUGCAUAAUUGCGACCAACACUUCGGCUAUACCGAUCACAAAAAUUGCUGCUGCCAGUGCACGGCCAGAGAAUGUCGUUGGAAUGCACUACUUUUCACCAGUAGACAAAAUGCAAUUGCUGGAAAUUAUCACUCACCCAGGAACAUCGAAGGAAACGGCAGCAGCUGCUGUUGAAGUUGGACUUAAACAGGGUAAAGUAGUGAUCACUGUAGGAGACGGUCCAGGAUUCUACACUACUCGCAUCUUGUCUACCAUGCUUUCUGAGGCAAUCAGAUUACUUCAGGAAGGAGUUGAUCCUAAAGAAUUGGAUAAAAUUACGAAAUCGUUUGGUUUUCCAGUAGGUGCUGCCACUCUGUCGGACGAAGUAGGAAUUGAUGUCGGUGCCCACAUUGCCGUAGAUUUAGCCAAAGCUUUCGGUGACAGAUUUAGCGGUGGAAAUCUGGGUGUGAUGGAUGAUAUGGUUAAGGCCGGGUUUAUGGGUCGCAAAUCAGGCAAGGGAAUAUUCGUGUACGAAGGUGGAAAAAGCAAGAACCGUGAGGUGAAUCAUGAAGCAUUGGCUAUGCUGAAGCAGAAAUACUCACUCCAGUCGCGCGGCGCCAACAGUGUCGAAGAUAUGCAACUUAGGAUGGUCUCAAGAUUUGUGAACGAAGCAGUACUGUGUUUGGAAGAAAAAAUUCUUGACAAUCCGUUGGAGGGAGAUGUAGGAGCUGUGUUCGGGCUUGGUUUCCCACCAUUCACCGGUGGACCGUUCCGGUGGGUUGAUCAAUAUGGAGCCAAUAGAUUGGUUGAUAAAAUGCGAUCGUACGCCGAUCUGUACGGUGCGCCUUUCCAACCGGCGCAAACUUUGAUCGAUAUGGCAAAAGACUCGUCGAAAAAGUUUCACUCUGGCAAGUGAGCGUAUUUUAGUUAAGUUUAGGUGAGAAAGUUAUAUAAUUUUUCGAGGGGGGAUUUGUGUUAACAAAAUUAUAUCGAUGAUGUCCUACAGAAUUUGAUGUUAGUUAAUAUUUCAUAGUCUUCUGUUUCCGUGCCUUUUUGUUACAGUUCUGCAUUUUUUAUAAAAUAAAGUUCUAUUUUGACAAUAAUUCA